AUGGAGGACCACACGAACUACGGCUUAUCCAACGCCGCCUCUCCCGGCAGCAACCCAAUCCUUUCCCAGCCGCCUCUGCAACCUGCCGUGUCCACGUCUGGAGAUGGCACCGAAGACGUCCAGAUGACUGAAGGCCCCGUCGCCGAACCCAAUAUCAAGCAGGACAGCGCUACACCAGCACCUGGCGUGACGUCCGAUAACCCCCUCGAUGCCCCCGAUGGCCCUGCGCCUGAAGCGACCCAGGACGAAGAGAUGGGAGGCGCGCGCGAGGAGGCCAAGGACGGUCAAGCAAAAGAUGGAGAUGAGGCCACGGCUGGUACCGAUGCGGACGGACAGGACUCCAAGACCAAGGAGACGCUCGAAAACGCAGCUCGCGAGCAUCUAAUUUCGCAGACACACGCCAUCGUCUUACCUAGCUACAGCACAUGGUUUGAUAUGAACACCAUCAACGAUAUUGAGCGCAAAGCCAUGUCCGAGUUCUUCAAUAGCCGUAACCGCAGCAAGACUCCGGCUGUGUACAAGGAUUACCGCGACUUCAUGAUCAACACCUAUCGAUUGAAUCCUGUCGAGUACCUGACCGUCACGGCUUGCCGGCGGAACCUUGCUGGAGACGUAUGCGCCAUUAUGCGCGUACACUCUUUCCUCGAGCAAUGGGGUCUCAUCAACUACCAGGUUGAUGCCGAGCAGCGGCCGUCUCACGUCGGGCCCCCUUUCACGGGCCAUUUCAAGAUCAUUUGCGACACUCCUCGUGGGCUUCAGCCGUGGCAGCCGUCUGCCGAUGCCGCUGUCUCGGUUGGGAAGCCGAGCGCAGACACCGAGAAGAAGGCCACGGCUGCGCCCGCUCCCAAGAGUGACCUCAACCUCGAGGUCAGCCGCAAUAUCUACGAGGCCAGCGCCAAGGCUACAAAGCUCAACAAGACCGAACCGAAGACAAAUGGUGAGACGCCAAUGAUGAACGGCAUCUCGGGAGUGGAGGAAGCGACCAAGACUCCCAUUGUGAAGGUCAACUGCCACACGUGCGGUAUUGACUGCACCAGGUUAUAUUACCACAGCUCUCAGACCGACCCUAACUCGAAGACAAAGUACGACGUUUGUCCGAGCUGCUAUCUCGAGGGCCACUUGCCGGGCAACCAGACCAGUGCUCAAUUUACCAGGAUGGAAAACCCUACGUAUACGACGGUCCUCGACCGGGACGCCCCCUGGAGUGACGCCGAAAUCCUACGACUCCUCGAGGGCAUUGAAAGGAUGGACGAUGAUUGGAACGAGAUCGCAGAUCACGUUGGCACGCGCACCCGUGAGGAGUGCGUCCUGCAGUUUUUGUCCCUGGACAUUGAGGGCAAGUAUGCUGACGAUCUCGCGGUGAAUGCGCCGACGGGUCUCGCGAUGCUUGGAACACAGGGCGGCCAUCUCCCCUUCAGCCAGGCAGACAACCCAGUCAUGUCUGUGGUUGGCUUCCUUGCCGGCCUCGCAGACCCUGCUAGCACUGCUGCUGCUGCAAACAAGUCGGCCGAGGAGCUUACUCGUAAACUCCGCAGGCGUCUUGAGGGCGGUGAUGCGGAGGAACAUGCCAUUACCAAUGGCAAGGGCAAGGACAAAGAUGGAGACUCGAUGGAGAUCGACAUCAGACAAGAUGUGACCACGACGACGACCACGACGACGACGUUGGCGACGAUCCCAAUGGCGACGAUGGGCGCGCGGGCAGCUGGUCUUGUGUCGCACGAGGAGCGGGAGAUGACACGACUUGUAUCUGCGGCGGCCAACCUCACCCUGCAGAAGUUGGAAAUGAAGCUGAAGUAUUUCAAUGAAAUGGAGGCCAUCCUCCAAGCGGAGCGACGAGAACUCGAGCGGGGCCGUCAACAGUUAUUCCUGGACCGCCUUGCAUUCAAGCGCCGCGUCCGAGAAGUGCAGGACUCGCUCAAGACCGCAGUUGAGGCGGGAGGCGAGCAGGGCCUCAAGCUGGCCCAAGACGCGAUGACGGACGGCGCAAAUCUUACAUUUCAGGCGGGGCCAGGAUCCAGUGCAGUGCAGCCGCUGAGCAGUGAGGGGCAGAUCAAGAGCUUCGAAGCCUGA